CCAUAUUUCCCUCCCCACCAGUGUUCGUUUUGCCGCUGACCCAUCAUGUUCCACGUCGGUCGACUCCUCCGCUCUCGAGCGCCCCCAUCUCUUCUCCGCCAGCCGGCUUCGUCCUUCUUGCCGACCAUGGCGACGCGUGCCUUCUCGUCCAAGGCCGCCACCGAUGACAAUGCCUGGGUGGGUUAUGGCCUUGGCGCCGCUGCUCUUCUCCUUGCGGGAGGUGCAUCCAUGACCCAAACCGACAACUGUGGCAUUGUGGGUGUCGUGAGCAAGCACCAAGAUGCCAACAAUUUUUUGCUUGAAGGUUUGACGAUUCUGCAGAACCGCGGGUACGAUUCCGCGGGCAUGGCGACGACCAAGCAUGAUGGGAGCGCGCCCAUUACGGUGACCAAGUUUGCGUCGGUGCAAGGCACAGCCGACUCGAUCAACCUGUUGCGUGAAACCAAGGACCAACAUGCAAACAACACAGUCGGUAUUGCGCACACUCGCUGGGCUACGCACGGCGGCAAGACGGACGAAAACUCCCACCCGCACAUGGACCAGAACAAACGUGUGGCUGUCGUACACAACGGCACGAUCACCAACUACAACGAGCUCAAGAACGAAUUGCUUGAAGCUGGUGUGCAGUUUUCGUCCCAGACUGACACAGAAGUCAUUGCCCAACUCAUUGGUCAAAUCAUGAGCGAAGGCGCGGACUGCUUGACUGCUACCCGCUUGGCUUUGGGUCGUCUGGAAGGAACAUGGGGCAUUUGCGUCAUGGCGCGUGACGAGCCGGGCAAAGUCAUCGUUGCUCGCAACGGGUCGCCUUUGUGCAUUGGGUAUGGCUCGAACUCGAUGUAUAUUGCGUCCGAGACGACGGCAUUCACGCGCCACACAAAGCGUUUCUUGUCGCUUCAAGACGGUGAAGUGGCCGUCGUGAAGGCAGAUACUGCCGAAUUGAACCCUCAGCACCCCGACGACCUCACCACGUUGCAACGCUUCCCCACCAGUCGUUUGGGCACGGCUCCUGAUGUCAAGGUCCGCUUGUCUCCAGCACCGUUCCCGCACUGGACAAUCCGUGAAAUCAUGGAGCAGCCCAAAGCCGUCGCGUCGUCGCUCGGGUACGGCGGCCGCGUUUCAGAUGACCACGUGUACCUCGGUGGAUUGGAAGCAGAGAAGGAAAAGAUGCUCAAGAUCAAGCACUUGCUGAUUUCCGCCUGCGGCACGUCGCUGAACGCUGGGAAGUACGGUGCCAAGAUCAUGCGAACACUGGGGGCUUUUGACUCGGUAUCAACAGAAGAUGCCGGUGAGUGCACAAACGAACGGUUGCCACGUCACGACGGCGGUCUGUUGGUUGUAUCUCAGUCGGGCGAGACCAAGGACGUCCACCGCGUGCUCCAGUUGCAAGGUGCGCAGGAAAUGCCCAUGUUCUCCGUCGUCAACGCCGUCGGGUCUCUCAUUGCGCGCACGACCAAGUGCGGCGUGUACUUGAAUGCGGGCCGUGAAAACGCUGUUGCUUCGACCAAGGCGUUUGUGACCCAAGUCACUGUCAUGGGCUUGAUUGCGGCCUGGUUUGCGCAGAACCGACCCGAGUCAGCGGUGAACCGAUCCAAGUUGGAUGAGCUGAUUCAGUCGCUUCACCGCCUUCCCAUCACGAUUGGUAUGGCCCUCCGCACCCGCGCGCAAUGCGUCGAGGUGGCGCAGAAGCUCUUGCCGAGCGAACACUUGUUCGUGCUGGGCAAAGGCUACGGCGAACCGAUUGCGUACGAAGGCGCGUUGAAGAUCAAGGAGAUUACGUACUUGCAUGCGGAGGGGUACUCUGGCGGGGCGCUCAAGCACGGCCCGUUCGCGUUGAUUGAAGACAAGGAAGGUCAGUUUGGCUCGACUCCUAUCAUUCUUGUCGUGUUGGACGACGAACAUGGCCACCUCAUGAAGACGGCGGCGGAAGAAGUCCGCGCCCGCGGCGCGUACACGAUUGUCAUCACAGACAAUCCGGCCAUGUGCCAAGGCAUUGCGGACGCGAUCAUCCCGAUCCCGAACAACGGCCCGAUGACCGCGCUCUUGGCGAGCAUUCCUCUCCAACUGAUUGCGUACGAACUCGCUGUGAAGCGUGGCAUUAACCCGGACGUCCCGCGUAAUUUGGCCAAGGCCGUCACAGUCGACUAAGUUUGUCUGGACGUCCCAGGCUCGACAUCUAAGCAUGUACUUGUGUCGAAUUGCGUCGUGUUGAAGCAUCUCGUCGGUCGGGACGGCUCGCUGCAUUCGAAUCGACGGCACCCGGAAGCCACCAUCACAACGUCUCUUUGAAUAGCUUUGCCUGGAUUGUUGCGAAAGGAAGCAGUUGUAUGUACAAUUUACAUGUGUGCGGCUCGUUCGACGGUGCAGCGUCCACGAUGUGUUGGUCUUU